CCUUCCCUUAAAGAGUCUGGCUGCAAAAUUGGUUGGAGUGCCGAUCGCGCGGGUCCAUGGGCUCCCGAGGCCCUGUGUUUGUGGAAGGGGGUUCCGAGAGGACUUUUCCCAUCGCGCGACGCUUCCAUUUGCGCGAAAGCUCCGGGUUUUCAGCGCCGACGCCCACCUGAGGCUCUUCCGCUUCCCCUUUUCCCUAGGCUCCGCCCCCAGCGUCCCGUGGCUAUGACGACCGCUCCGCGGGACUCUGUGGUUUGGAAGCUCGCGGGACUGUUGCGGGAGUCGGGGGAUGCCGUUCUCUCUGGCUGUAGCACACUGAGCCUGCUGACGGCCACACUGCAGCAGCUGAACAGAGUGUUCGAACUGUACCUGGGGCCAUGGGGCCCAGGCCAGAUGGGCUUUGUGGCUCUUCCCUCCCACCCUGCCGACUCGCCCAUCAUCCUCCAGCUUCAGUUCCUCUUCGAUGUACUGCAGAAGACACUGUCACUCAAGCUGGUCCACAUCCCUGGUGUUGGCGUUCCAGGGCCCAUCAAGAUUUCUCCCUUCAAGUCCCUUCGGCAGCUGGAGCUUCGAGGAGUCCCCAUCCACAGCCUGCAUGGCCUCCGGGGCAUCUACUCACAGCUGGAGUCUCUGGUUUGCAGCAGAAGCAUCCAGGCACUAGAGGAGCUCCUGUCGGCCUGCGGUGGCGACCUCUGCUCAGCCCUCCCCUGGCUAGCUUUGCUUUCUGCCAACUUCAGCUACAAUGCGCUCAGCAGCUUAGACAGCUCCCUGCGUCUCCUGUCAGCUCUACGAUUCCUCAACCUGAGCCACAAUCAUAUCCAGGACUGCAAAGGCUUUCUGAUGGAUUUAUCUGAGCUGUACCAUUUGGACAUCUCCUAUAACCACCUGCACUUGGUGCCAAGAAUGGGACCUUCGGGGGCUGCUCUGGGGACUUUGAUACUGCGAGCCAAUGAGCUUCGGAGCCUUCAGGGUCUUGAGCAGCUGAGGAAACUGCGGCACCUCGAUGUGGCUUAUAACCUUCUAGAAGGACAUGCAGAGCUGUCACCACUGUGGCUGCUGACUGAGCUCCGUAAGCUCUAUCUGGAAGGUAACCCUCUGUGGUUCCACCCUGCACACCGCACAACCACUGCUCAGUACUUGUCACCUCGGGCCAGAGAUGCCGCUCAUGGUUUCCUGCUUGAUGGUGAAGUUUUGUCACUGAAGGAUCUUCAGACUUUAGAAUCUUCAGGCUCUGGUCCCAUGGCCCAACCUCCGUCCUGGCCAGUGGGGAGUGCCACUGAAACCUCAGGUGGCCCUGAGUUGAGUGAUAGCCUCUCCUCUGGGGGCAUUGUGGCCCAGGCCCCGCUUCGUAAGGUUAAGAGUCGAGUCCGGGUGAGGCGGGCUAGCAUCUCUGAGCCCAGUGACACAGACCCAGAGCUCCGAACUCUGGACCCCUCCCCGGCUGGAUGGUUUGUGCAGCCACACCGAGAACUGGAGCUGCUGACCAGCUUCCGGGAGCGGUUUGGCUGUGAUUGGCUGCAGUAUAGGAGCCACCUGGAGACCUCGGGGAGCCCUCCUCUUACCACCACCAAGACUCCUGCCCUUAGCACCCCACCUCUGGAUGCCCAGAGCCUGGAGACUGAAUGCAGCCCUCCAGCCACAGGGCAGAGCACUAAGGAAUCCCCACAGAAGAUGUCAGAGGAGGGCAGGGUGGAGCCAGAGCCCCACGAAGAAGAGAGGGAAGAACAGGAGAAAGAAGAGGGAUUGAGAAAGGACCUAGAGGAGGAAGAGGAGCAGGAGCAGAAGGAAGUGGAAGCAGAGCUUUGUCGCCCCAUGUUGGUGUGUCCCUUGCAGGGGCUCGGGGAUGUGCAGGACAAGGAAUGCUUUCUCCGAGUCACUUCUGCCCAUUUGUUUGAAGUGGAACUCCAGGCAGCUCGGACUCUGGAACGGCUGGAGCUACAGAGCCUGGUAGCAGCCGAGCUAGAGUCAGAGAGUGGAACUCAAAGAGAACCAGGGUCUGAGGGCUCAGGUCUACCUCCUGGGCCUCCAGUUCUUGCUCUACGUUUUGCUUACAUUUGUCCUGACCGGCAGUUGCGUCGCUAUGCUGUGCUGGAGCCAGAUGCCCAUGAGGCCAUCCAGGAGCUACUAGCUGUGCUGACCCCCUUCACCACCGUGAAAGAGCAACAGCCUGGGGAGGCCAAGGACCCCCAGGGGUCCAGAUUCCAGUGUCUGCGUUGCAGCUGGGAGUUCAAACCAGAGGAGCCCAGGUUGGGACUGGACAGUGAAGAAGGCUGGAAGCCUCUGUUUCACAGUACAGAAUCUCCCGUCGUAUGUCCAAACUGUGGGAGCGACCAUGUGGUUCUUCUGGCUGUGACUGGGGAGAUCCGGAAUAGAGAGCAGAACCAGGAAGACAAAUCACCAGAUUCCUCCCAGUCCCUUGGCUCUGCCUGUGACCUUGCUGACCACAGUGGCCAUCCCAGCACCUCUGAUGCCAUCCCACCUCAGGCAUCUACAUCCCAUGAUGAGAGCAGCUGGGGCCUCAGCCCAUCCCCUGGAUGCUCUGGUCUUCGCUCUGUGGACCACCGACUCCGGCUCUUCCUGGAUGUGGAGGUGUUCAGUGACUCCGAGGAGGAGUUCCAGUGCUUCACCAAGGUGCCAGUAGUGUUAGCAGGCCACCUAGGGGAGUUUCUGUGCCUCGUGGUUGUGUCUGACCACAGGCUUUACCUGCUGAAGGUGACAGGGCCAAUCUGUGGGCCUCCUGCGAAUUGGCUCCAGCCCACCCUGGCCAUCCCUCUGCAGGAUCUGAGUGGCAUGGAGCUUGGCCUCGCAGGCCAGAGCCUUCGGUUGGAGUGGGCAGCUGGGACCGGCAGCUGUGUGCUAUUGCCCCGAGAUGCCGGGCAGUGCCGCACCUUCCUUAAGGAGCUCACUGGUGUUUUGCAGUCUCUGCCUCGCACUCAGAGGAACUGCAUCAGUGCAACGGAGGAGGAGGUGACCCCACAGCAUCGGCUCUGGCCAUUGCUCGAAAAAGAUACUUCCUCAGAGGUGCCCCAGUUUUUCUACCUUCGGGCCUUCCUGGCUGAAGGCUCCUCUACCUCCCCUGUGUCCCUGUUGCUGACCUUGUCCACCCUAUACCUAUUAGAUGAAGACCCUGCAGGGUCUCAGGCAGAAUCUGCCCUCCCAGUGGUGUCCGGUGAAGCCUCUGAGCAGCCCCCUCCCCUGGGCUCAGGUCCUUCCAUUCAGGUCAGGGAGCAGCAACCGCUCAGCAGUCUGAGCUCUGUGCAGCUAUAUCGUACAAGCCCUUUGGACGUGCGGCUGAUCUUCUAUGACGAGGUGUUCCGACUGGAGAGUUUCUGGGCACUCCGUGUUGUGUGUGGAGAGCAGCUGACAGCCCUGCUGGCCUGGAUUCGGGAGCCCUGGGAAGAACUGUUCUCCAUUGGCCUCCGGACUGUAACCCAGGAGACUCUGGACCUCGACCGAUGAGGCGUCUGCCCCGAGCUUGCACUGACUCACUCAGGAGUUGCACUGAGGAAGCCCCUUCUCCUGGUCUCUGGGUCUGCCUGCUUCCCUGGCUGUCGCUGGACAAGGCUAGUGAGGCCCAAAUGACCCAUAGCUCACGGACAGAGAAAUGAUCUGGCUCUUGGGUGACCUGCCUUGUAGAGUGGGCUAAGUGGUCAGUGAAAACGUUUCUCCAGGACUUUCUCUCAGGUAUCAAUAAAGUUAUUUCCAUGCCAGAUGUCAUGGGUGGCACAUAGAACUAUCUCCCACAUAGCCUGCCAUCCCCUAAUCUCUUCCUAGAAGUAGCCUUGUUUGCACUAUGAGACCUGUUCCCAGUCCUUCUCUGUCAGAGUGGGACUACUGACCUGAUGUACCCAAUCCUCAAGCAGGCUGUGACCUAUCAUGUGGCCUUGCAUGGGAUCACUGCCAGUCACAUAGUUGGGCCUCUUAAGACUUUUUUUGUUGUUGCUCUUUUUGAGACAGGGUCUCACUGUGUAACCUUGCCUGGCCUGGAACUUUCUGUGUAGACCAGGCUGGCUUUGAACUUCAUAGAGACCUGCCUGCCUCUGCCUUCUAAGUGCUGAGAUUAAUGGCAUGAGCCACCAGAUGUGAGAAAAUUGUGAACUUCCCUCCGCCUUCCCAAAGUUUACAUUUGAAAUAAAGACCUGUAAUAAAAA